UCUGAUAUCCACUGCCAAAUCCGUGAAAUUCCCGGCCAGUCCAAUGCCCUUCCGUCGAUUCAGUGCACCAGAGAAUGGCUACAUCAGCUCAACACUUUUCAGUUAAUCCUCCAUCAACUUUACUGGGACCCUCCAAUUGCAAUUACAUAACCCCAUCUCUUCAAAUCUCCAAAAACUCUAUAAUAAAACCCAUCAAAACCCAGUCUUUAAAAGAGGUUUGCCGUCAAGAAAGCCUUAAAGAAGCUUUCAGAUCACUUAGCAGUUCCUUCGCUGGACAAAACCCACCUCAAUUUCGCCUAGAUGAUGCUUAUUCAUUAGUCCUUGAGCUCUGUGCUAGUGAGAAAUGUUUGAAACAAGGCCAGCAAAUACAUACCCACAUCGCCAAAUCGAAUGCUGUAGGCGACCGUGUCUUUUUGAGUACUAAGCUCGUGUUUAUGUACGGGAAAUGCGGGUCUCUUCUGAAUGCCGAGAAGGUGUUUGAUAGAUUGAGUGAAAGAAGUGUUUUCGCGUGGAAUGCGAUGAUUGGUGCUUAUGUUGCAAAGGGAGAACCUUUUGAAGCACUUGAGGUGUAUAGGGUAAUGCGAGUUUAUGGGGUUCCUCUCGAUGCUCGUACGUUGUUUUGUGUCGUUAAAGCAUGUGGGAAGCUUAAGAAUCUCUGCAAUGGGAGUGAAAUUCAUGCUCUAACAAUCAAAUUGGGCUUGGGUGAUCAUGUGUUUAUUGCUAAUUCACUUAUGGGUAUGUAUGCAAAGUGUGAUGCUCUUGACAUGGCAAUUCGGCUGUUUCACAGAAUGAGUGGAAGAAAGGAUGAUGUGUUAUGGAACUCAAUAAUUUCAGCUUACAUUGCAUGCGGGCAGUUCAUUGAAGCCUUGAGGAUUUUUGGGGAAAUGCUGGAAGCUGGUCUCAGCCCAAGCACGUAUACUUUUGUUACGGCUCUUCAAGCUUGUGAGGACAUGUCACUCGGAAAAGUUGGCAUGGAGAUCCAUGCUACUAUUUUGAAAUCCAAUCACCAUCGUCAUGUUUAUGUGGCCAAUUCUAUGAUUGUUAUGUAUACAAGGUGUGGUAAGAUUGGUGAAGCCUUGAGAAUUUUUUAUGCCAUGGACGAGAGGGAUAGUAUAUCUGGGAGUUCAAUGCUAUCGGGUUUUGUACAAAACGGUCUUUAUAUUGAAGCUCUGGAAUUCUGUCAAGAGAUGCAAGAGGCCGGUCUGAAACCUGACCAGGGUUCAGUUGUAAGUCUGCUUGCUGCAUCUGCAAGAUCGGGAAAUCUGAUGUGUGGUAUGGAAAUUCAUGCUUAUGCCUUGAAAAGUGGUUUAGAUACUGAUUUACAAGUUGGAAACACACUCAUAGAUUUAUAUAGCAAAUGUUCGAAGACCAAUUAUAUGGAUUCUGUUUUCCAAAAGAUACCCAAAAAGGACUUCAUCUGUUGGAUAACAGUUAUUGCCGGCCAUGCUCAGAAUAAUUGUCAUUUGAGGGUCUUAGAAUUGUUCCGGGAAGCACAAUUGGAAAAAGAAGGUGUUGAUAAAUUGAUGAUUGGAAGCAUCUUGCGUGCCUGUAGUGGGUUGAAGUGCAUUUCCCUUGCAAAAGAGAUUCACGGUUACAUUUUGAGAAGACAAUUAUCUGAUCUUGUGCUGCACAACACAUUUGUGGAUGUUUAUGGAGGCUGUGGAAAUGUACAUUAUGCGUCUCGCAUUUUCAAAUUGAUUGAAGCUAAAAGUAUUGUCUCCUGGACAAGCAUGAUCUCUUGUUAUGUUAAUAAUGGGUUUUCAAAUGAGGCACUUGACCUUUUCCUUUCACUAAAAGAAACUGGCAUUGACCUCGACUCUAUAGCACUAAUGAGCGUUCUACCUGCUGUGGCAAAUUUAUCUGCCUCGUGGAAAGGAAAAGAGAUUCAUGGGUUCUUGAUUAGGAAGGGCUUCAUUCCAGAGGGUUCCAUAGCAAGCUCUCUCGUGGAUAUGUAUGCUCGCUGUGGAAUUUUAGACAACUCGUUAAGGGUAUUCAAUUGCACCAGAGACAAAGAUUUGGUUUUAUGGACUAGUAUGAUCAAUGCGUAUGGGAUGCACGGCCAUGGUAAAGCUGCUAUUGAUUUGUUUAAACAGAUGGAGGAUGAAAAUUUAGUUCCUGAUCAUGUUACAUUCUUGGCCCUUCUUUAUGCCUGUAGCCAUUCAGGACUGGUUGAUGAAGGUAGAAAGUUUUAUGAAGCAAUGAAAAAUGAGUAUCAGUUGGAGCCAUGGCCAGAACACUAUACGUGUCUGGUUGAUCUUCUUGGUCGUGCAAAUCACUUAGAAGAAGCGUUUCAGAUUGUUGAAAGAAUGCAUACAGAACCUACUGCUGAAAUAUGGCGUGCUCUUUUAGGGGCUUGUCGCGUUCACUCCAAUAAAAAAUUAGGAGAAAUUGCGGCGCGGAAGCUUCUAGAAUUGGAUCCAGAGAGUCCGCGGAAUUAUGUACUUGUGUAUAAUGUUUUUGCUGCAAUGGGUAGAUGGGAUGAUGUGGCGGAAGUUAGAAUGAGGAUGAAGGGGAAACAGUUGAAGAAAGAUCCGGCUUGCAGUUGGAUCGAGGUUGGAAACAAGGUUCACACAUUUAUUGCAAGGGACAGAUCUCAUCCACAAUCAGACGAGAUUUAUGAAAAGUUGAGGGAAAUUAUCGAGAUCUUGGAAAGGGAAGGAGGGUACUUGGCUCAAACCAAGUUUGUUUUGCACAACGUAGAAGAAAAAGAGAAAGUUAAGAUGCUUCAUGGGCACAGUGAGAGGUUGGCGAUUGCGUAUGCCUUACUUGGUACACCUGAGGGUACUCCAAUCCGAAUCACAAAGAAUUUGCGGGUUUGUGGAGAUUGCCACACUUUCAGUAAGCUAGUUUCGAAGUUUUUUCCAAGAGUAAUUAUUGUGAGGGAUGCUAACAGAUUCCAUCAUUUCGAGGGUGGGAUCUGCUCUUGUGGAGAUUUCUGGUGACAUUCUGAAAAUACAUAUUCAAGAAUUAGAGUUCUUACAGAAUCUAAAGCUGAUGGAUAUUCUAACUACCUACUCUGCCCGAUUAAGUGUUGCAGAUCAAUACGUGUUCUAGAAGCGCUUUAGCGUUGAUUUCAGUAUGAUUUCAUCAUAAUUGAUGGUAUGUAUGAUAUGUAAAAUUAUGCAAAGUCUGUUUUAUUACUCAAGUUCCUAUUCUGGUUUGCUUUUGCAAAGAAUUUGGCUUUAGCA